AUGGCUGAGAUCCGCGACAAGCAUGGCAACACGAUCCAUCGAGGUGAUCACGUCUACACGAAGAUACGCGGGGGCCGGCAUGAAGGAGAGGUCGAGAAAAUAGUGAUGACUCAAGCCGAAGCAGAAGAAGAGGACGUCAAAAAUCCGCCCAAGGUCCUCUUCCAUGACCAACGCGGGAAAAGGGUUGCUCACAAUCCAGAGACGCUUGAGAAAGGUCGAUAUCACGGUGCUAAGAAGGCAAAGGCCUGCGGCAUGAGCGAUUUGGGGCAUAUUGUGGCGGGCAGUGUCACCAUUAGCUCAUAUCCCACAGAAUCUGCCGAUACUUGGAUCCAUAUGGCCAGUUGUGGGAGCCUCACAUCAAUUAUGGAAGAAAGCCUUAGCGCAACUGAUCUUGACAAGCCACUGACUAAUCCUGUCUGGGGCGGUCUUAAUCCAGUGCGCUUCUGGAAGGCUAUCAACAGCGCUCUUCCUGUUCCUUUGAAAAAGAACUCUGUGACUGGGUGGCAAGAUAAGAUGCAGGCACGACUAGUUGAACUUGGACAGAAACAUCCGAUGUUCGCUGUCCAGGGCUACCUUGAUGAUGACGACGAAGCCAUUCUUAGUGGUGAACGAACAGAUGCCACCGCAGACCUCCGCAGCAACCGGAUGAAUGAGGUUGAAGUAGCCGUUGUGUCCAAUGUCAAGUAUCUACUAGAUGUUGAUUACUUUUCUCAAGACGGGCCAUCCGAGGGCAGGCAAACGGAGAGAAGCCUUACUAGCAAUGAAAGUGUAUAA